UUCAAAAAAGUAUUUUGAACCACUCGAAACGCAUUUCAUUAUCAAUUCUUCAAUUUAAAGAUAUCUAUACUAAAUAUUGAUUUUCAUUUAUGCGUUUUUACAUAAAAAAUGGAUCUGCUUUUUUCUUUGAUGGUAAUAGCUCUAAUUCCCAAUACUUUCACUUUUAAAAUCGAUUUAGCUUCAUUCAAUAACGUACUGAGGAAAUUAGAAAAAGUAGCUGCUGAAAAAAACGAUACAAACGUGAACGGUGACAUUGGACUGGAUAUUUACAAAUUUCUAAAAAAAUACGAUUAUCCCUUUGAAACUCAUUGGGUACGUACUGAAGAUGGUUAUAUGUUACGUAUGCAACGUUUACUUGGCGGAAGGAAUCAAACGUUCUAUGGACAAAAAAAUAAACCAGCCGUACUCCUAAUGCACGGACUUUGUAGUAGCGCAAUGGAUUUCAUCAGUAUGGGGCCGAAUAAAUCGAUAGGAUUGAUACUAGCAGAUGCCGGAUAUGACGUUUGGCUUGGGAAUAACAGAGGAAAUACGUGGAGUAGAAACCACAUCCUUUUAAAUCCAGACACCGAUACAGAAUUUUGGGAUUAUAGUUUCGAAACUUGUGGUUAUUACGAUUUGCCGGCAAAAAUCGAUUACAUCAUAGAAAAAACGGGACAAAAAAAGGUUUUUUAUAUAGGACAUUCUCAAGGGACGACACAGUUUUUUGCCAUGGCCGCUUUGCGACCGGAAUAUAAUGAAAAAAUAGCUCUCAUGGUAGCGUUAGCUCCUGUUGCUUACAUGGGAAAUAUGAGCUCGCCGAUUCUUAAAUUCAUGGCUAAUAAUCUCGACUUUUUCAAACUAGUGAUAGUUAACAUUCUAAAGUUGAACGAAAUGUUAUCACAUUCACCAAUUUACAAUUUAAUGGCGGAGAUAAUAUCAAAAGAUGAAAGUGGUAAAUUGCUUGAGCUUGGAGCUUCUUUUGUUUUCCUUCUAUGUGGUUUCAACAACCGGGGAUUCGAUAGAAAUAUAAUACCUGUUAUGGUAUCUAACGCCCCAGCAGGAAUAUCGUCAAAAAUGCUAGUACAUUAUGGGCAAGAAAUUGCGUCAGGAAAAUUUCAAAGGUACGACUACGGAAUUGCAAAUUUCAAAUAUUAUAAAUCUAUCUACCCACCAGAAUUCAAUAUUUCUGAAAUAACAGCUCCUGUCGCUCUAUAUUAUUCUCAAAAUGAUUUAUUGGCAGCAGUUCAGGAUGUAGAAAGAUUCGCGAGCAAGUUACCAAAUCUGGUAAAAUUGAAACUGCUCGAAGAUAAACGUUUCAACCAUUUAGAUUUCAUAUACGGAAAAGACAGCUAUAAAUUAAUCUAUAAGGAUCUCCUUGAAUUUCAAAAACAGUUUAUACCGAAAAUAGGAAACGCGGCAGCUGCAAUGAGUAUUAAAAAUAUUCACUAUAUAAUAACAGUUCUUACUGUCUGUAUAUUUGUUCUGCAAUAAAGAUAUUUCAAUUAA